GUCUCCCGAAUUUCAAGGAAAAGCAUUGUUACAAAGACAUCGUCUCGUGAACGCCGCUCUUGCUGAAGAACUGAAGACAAUUCACGCCUUUUCGCAGAAAACUUUCACGCCCGAACAGUGGGAAGCCCAAAAAAAUCAAUAAAAUGUUAGAUCGCGCUCUCAAAUUCCGUGUUUCCGCUCCCGGCAAAGUCAUUUUGCACGGCGAGCAUUCCGUAGUUUAUGGUAAACCUGCAUUAGCUGGUCCCAUAAAUCUUCGCACUUAUUUUUACUGUCAAGCAAUCGAUGAGCCUCGUUUCGAAAUUCGCUAUGAAAACUUGGAGUACUCGUGUGUCAUUACGUUGGAUAAUUUAAAUUUGUUUUUGAAGGAAGUAAAUUGCUUCAAUGACUUAGAGCCGCCAAUGUUUUUGUACAAACUCAGGGAAAAACGGGAUUUUAUCUACAAGUAUGUCACGCAAAAGGACGAGAAAAUUUCUUCGAGCAUCGAAAUGGCAGUCGGUGUCACGAUGUACUUGUUGAAUCGGAUUCUCAAAAGUGAGGGAAUCGAGGAAGUAACGAAGGGAUGUAAGAUUGACAUCAAUUCUGAGAUUUCCAUUGGAGCAGGAUUGGGCAGUUCAGCCAGUUAUGGGGUUUGUAUCUCCGGAGGAUGUUACGUUAUCACGCAACUCUUGAAAGGUCAACUCGAUGCCGCCUCAAUGAACGAAUUCGCCUUCAACGACGCUCUCUUGACCAAAAUCAGCAAAUGGGCAUUCGAUUCCGAAGUAAUCAUGCACGAAAAGCCCUCAGGUAUCGAUAACACCAUCGCUACUUACGGCGACAUCAUCAAAUUCUGCAAAGGACAGGAACCCGAGAAAAUCCAUUUGAAGCGUCCUGUUCACAUAAUGAUCGUCGAUACGGCAAUUAGUCGCAGCACUUCGCGUUUGGUCGCUCACGUCGCACAAUUGCAAGAAACUUUUCCCGCUACCCUCAACUCGAUUUUCGAUGCGAUGGGAAAUUGUGUCGAGGAUGCCGUCAAAGUUUUGGCAGCCGAGGAAGACGACGAAUACGAAAAACUGGCCAAUUUGUUCUCGAUCAACAACAAUUUGUUGCGUGCGAUUGAAGUCUCCCAUCCAGCAUUGGAGAAAAUUUUCGCCAUUUCCGAUAAUCACGGGUUCAAGGCAAAGUUGACGGGUGCUGGAGGCGGCGGAUGCGCAAUUAUCUUGCUACCAAAUGACUAUUUGGAGCUAAAUAAUUACGCAAACUUGUGCGACGACUUGACCAAAAAUCACUUUUCGUGGAAGAAAACGAUGAUCGGAGGCACCGGAGUUCAAUUCAAACUUCUUACAGAAUAAUUUUCUAUAUUUUUUUUAUCGACUGAGCAUUUAACCAAGAUACAGUGCGGAAGGGUUCUCAUUUUUUUAAAAAAUUAUCAAUAAAAAUUAAAAAAGUUUCUUUUAUUUCA